CGGCCGGGACACGAGGAGGUGGCGGCUCUGCCCGGCCCCCCGAACAUGCUGUACCUGGUCGGGCUGGGCCUGGGCGAUGCCAAGGACAUCACGGUGAAGGGGCUGGAGGCGGUGAGGCGGUGCCGCAGGGUGUACCUGGAGGCCUACACGUCCGUGCUCACUGUGGGCAAGGAAGCGCUGGAAGAGUUUUAUGGAAAAGAAUUGAUUUUGGCCGACCGAGAAAUGGUGGAGCAAGAAGCAGAUACCCUUUUAAAAGAAGCUGAUGUUUGUGAUGUCGCUUUUCUUGUAGUUGGGGAUCCUUUUGGGGCCACAACACACAGUGAUUUAGUACUACGUGCAGUAAAAUUGGGGAUUCCUUACAAGGUCAUUCAUAAUGCUUCAAUAAUGAAUGCAGUGGGCUGCUGUGGUUUACAGUUGUACAGUUUUGGAGAGACAGUUUCUAUAGUGUUCUGGACAGAUACAUGGAAGCCAGAAAGCUUUUUUGACAAGAUCGAGAAGAACAGGCGGAGUGGAAUGCACACCCUGUGCUUACUUGAUAUUAAAGUGAAGGAGCAGUCUCUGGAGAAUCUCAUGAAAGGAAGAAAGAUUUAUGAGCCACCGCGCUACAUGAGUGUGAAUCAAGCUGCAGAGCAGCUUCUUGCCAUUAUUCAAAACAGGAGGCUCCAAGGAGAAAAACCAGAAACUACUGAAAACACAAUUUGUGUUGGCCUUGCUCGUGUGGGUGCUCCAGAUGAGAAGAUUGCAGCAGGCACACUACAGCAGAUGUCCAGUGUGGAAUUGGGUGGUCCACUACAUUCCUUAAUUGUUACAGGCACUAUGCAUCCUCUGGAAUUAGAGAUGCUUAAGCUCUUCUCUGUAGAUAGUUCCAGUUUUGAAAAUAAUGCAUGUCAAAGGACCACUUAAAUAAAAAUGAGGCAUUUACAUUUUUAUUCCAUCUUUAAUUUCCUAACAGCAUAAAGCUAUUCCUGUGAAUAUUUAAGACUUGCCUAACGGCAGUUACACUGCAUAUUGCUUCAGAAGACAGCACUGUAGGAACAUGGACCUGCUUUCACCGGAGGCUGCAAGUAUAUGCUUCUACCAUGUAGACCCUCCAGAAAGUUUUAAACACAUCAGCAUCACUUGUGAUCAAGGGGACAUCACUUGUGCUGUAGUCCAUUAAGCCUACUGCCAUACAGUGUUGUAAGUGCAUUAGAUGUUAAAUUUCGCUUUUCAACUUCCCAGAAACUUAGUAGUCCUCUCACCAAUAGAAACCAUUAGCAUGCAAAACCUGUUAGGUCUGUGUCCAUCUUUACUUUGGGAGAGUGAAUACAGACAGGUGAGAAUGCUCUAAACCGAGAAAAACAAGAACUUACCCUUUGAUCAGCUGGUGAAACAGACGGAGAAGCUGCACAGAAUUUCUUAUUUCAGAAGGCUGCAACUUAAAAUAGAACUGGAUUUCUUCAUGUUAAUGCUAGCAUUCACAAAGGGCUGGACUCUAACUGCAACAACCACAAUUAACCUUAAGCCAAGUCUCAGCAGACUGCAAGAAUUCUCUUUAAAAUCAGCUGGUGGAUGAUGGUGGUCACUAUUUCAACUAGUCUUCAAGGUAAGAUGAGAACAAAGCAGACCUGUAUGCAUUUUUUUUUUUAAACUGAAGAUUUAUUGGAAAGAAAUUUGAUCCCAUAUCUUGUCAGCAAUAUAGGAUAUUUAACAUUUUAUAUAGACUGUAUUCAAGUAGAAAAGAUUACAUUAAAAAUUUCUUAAUAUUGCACUUGGGACAAGUCGUGGCUAAGCUACUAACAUUAGCAUUCCAGAACAAAUCAUACAGAGUCUUCAGAAUUUUAGUGAGCUGCCUUGUGAUUUCUUCACAGGUACUUUGACACACUGUGCUAUUCAACUUUAGCUCACUGCUAAGAGUAAUUCCUGUAAUUUAAAGGUAAAGGUAAGCAAUAUGCUCUCUGCUACCAGGAAUGAUUUUGGCAAUUGCUUCAUUCACAUUAUUUCACACUUCAGCCAAAAUACUGUAGCCAUUCACUUAACUCUUGUACAAGAUCCCAGCAUACACGUGAGAGACUCCAAUGCACAUGGGAAGUGAAAUACCCACCUCCUUUUACUUAUUAUUUCCGCCAAAGUACCACAGAGGCAGGAACUUUUUGUGGCUCACUGAAACAGAGAAGCAGAUUAAGCAGUGUGUGCACACAGCAAGACAGUCUUCACAUGCCAGGCACAGCAAAGCAUGACUGGCAUCUUCACAUUAUAGCAGUGUCUGGCCAAUGGAGUCCCAACAGGGAUGGUCACUGCAACAAAGCCUGAAUGGGGGACAAAUCCAAAAGGGAGUAGAAGUGUAAAGGAGGAAUUAACUACUGAGUCAGUAUUAGGGAUCAGACAGAUUAUUAAAAAAGAGAAAAAAGAAAAUCCUGCUUAAAGGGGUGGAUAAUCAAGAAUCAUAGCAAGUGGCAGUCUGAUGGCUUCUGGAAGAAACAGGACAGGGCUUAAUUAUUAAAUAAAACUGUUGCUCUGAACUGGUAUUUAAAGACCUUGUUUCAUGGAGAGAGAGAAGAGUUUACAUUUUACAGAAGCAUGCAACUGAAAAUUUGCACUGUGCAACUGCAACUGAAAUCUGCACUAUGAGAGAAAUGCCAUAGACUUUACAAUCUGAAUGCAGAGUGUGUGCAAAGGGUGGAAAACUGCAGGUCAGCAGCAGCUUCCCCCCUCUUGCAUCUUGUCUGAAUUCCCAAAACAGGUUCACUUACAACAGUUAAAAAGAGAUACCCUUACUUUCCUUCACCUUUAAAGCCAGUUUUACUUAAAAAAAAAAUUAGGAAUGUUGAGUCACUAAUGUCCAUUUUAUUAGUAGCAGCAGCUUCAAUUUUUAUGUAAAAAUAGUGUAAGCAGCUCUUACUAAUGAUGCAACUAAACUUUUGUUUUACUAAGCAGUAUUACAUAAAAACCAGAGUCAUUUAUUUGCUUCUUGCACUUUUUGCCUUAGUUUAGCAAAUCACACAAGUAACUCAGCUCUCUGUAGGGGCCCAGCUGAUCUAAGGAGCCAGUCUGUACAUAUCUGUGGACUUACCGGAUUAGCCUAUAAAGGACCAGUCUUCACUGUGCAUAUUCAUAAGAGUAGUUUUCUUCCACUGUUAUUUACCAUAAAAAACACUGGGGCAUUUUCAUACAGACACUCUGCAGCAUUUGUCUUCUUAUUUUGCUGUAGGUGCGGUAAAAAUCGUGCAGUUUGCAGGCUUGGUCUUUGGGACAACAGGGUUGUAAGUUACUGGUUUCAGUUACAGAAAAAAACAAACCACAAAGACAGACUACGUUUAACCCCAUAGUAAGCUCAGCUACGUGAAAACAUGAGAAAACCAUAAAUUGAAAACUUCGUUCAAAAUUCAGUAGUGAAUACCAGAAAGCUGAGUUUUAGCAGAUGAUCUGCAGCCGUUCAUCCAUCUCUGGAUGUCAGCCACUCACACAAAGCUUUGUAUAAAUGAUGCCAUGCAUCUCCAAUAAAGUGUCAAAAGCAAAGUGUUACAUAAGCAGCCAAGUGUUAGGUAAUUAGCAAAACACAAAGUAAUGGUCCUUUGGCUCUCAGGGUAAGAAAAGCUGCACUGUCAUUUGCGUGAUUUGUACUCUCCUAAAACCUGAGCAAGUAUCCCCUCAGCAAGUGAAAAAAAUAAAUCUGAUGUCACUCGGUUUACUGACAUACUAGAUAUGACUGUAGUUACCUACUGAACAUGUCAUAUACUGUCUUCUGUAACAUUUUGUGAUACUUAUCCUUUUUCAGAAAGCCUAAAAAGGCUUAAAGUCUAUUUUAAAUCUGACUUCCCUACACUAUCCCCAAUUAUAUUUGACAAACAAAUGAUACAUUUCUUACUAUAAAACACCAAGUUUAAAAAUAACGAAGUGCUGUCUUAGUUAGAAAACUCAGACUUGUACAUAUCCUUCCAACAAUCUGAUAAAUCAUAAGCAAAAAAAAUAAAAAAGUAAUUAAAGUUGUUUUUAUAAUUA